UAUUUGCAGAAUCACCUCUGCUGCGAUGUAAAGAGUCGCGUAGAAAUUGCUGUAACAAUGUAUUGUUGCCAUCAGAGGCGAAUCGCCUGCAGAUGAAGACGGAUACAGAAAUUCGGAAUAAAGGAGUUCUGCGAAUACAGAUUUUUAAGAAACCACAGAAGAUGAAACUUCAGGGCGACAAAUAGCAGUCAACUGAUCUCCUGAACACCCCACUGAGCUAGUCGCUUUCCUCGAGCAGUAAGGAUUGCCAUGGAGACCGAGGAUGCACGUGCUCAGGGUAAUGUUAGCACGGAGCCUUGUGUCAUCUCCGUGAAAGGGUUAAAGGAGAACUGGCAGAAAUGGUCCAAUGAUCACCGAGAGUACCAGAAACACAAUCCCUUCAGCAACGAUACGCCUGUGACCGUGCACAUCCAAAGGGGACAGGGGGGCUACGGGAGGCCCCCAGAGGGCUCCAGAACAGACCAGAGAGGGAAGGAGGCGCAAUCGCACAUCGGAAGGGAGGUGCAGGAACUGUGCCAGGUGAUCAGAGACAUCGGGGAGAGCCGGGAGGACGGGCGGUACGUCGUGGAGUUCGGAAGGCUGUUUGACCGAUACGUCACGAUCUCGAACAAAGUGGUCGGGGUCCUGUUGCGAGCGCGGAAGCAAGGGCUUGUCCACUUCGAGGGGGAGAUGCUGUGGCAGGGGCGUGACGACCACGUCCUUAUCACGUUAAUUAAGUAAUCGCAAGGAGAGUGAUUACUUAAUCACAAGGAGCUACAAGUAACAGUGGCGUGUGAUAAUACGUUAGUAUCACAUGUAACUCUGGCACGUGGCCGGCCGCUUGGACCAUUUUUUAAACCAAAGGGAUGUUACAGCGCAGACCCCGGUUUAGAUAAAUCUUAUUAGUCAAAAAGGAUUUUGU